GAAGGCUUCAAAGGAAUUCCAAGAAAUCGGCGACAGCGCCGAAUAUGCGCUGGAUAGACGUCCUACCGCUUGCCACUGGUGCCCUCCAAGUUGUGGGUGCAGACCUCCAAUUUCCAGUGUUCUCGCACCCGGAACUUUUUGGAACGGGAUAUUUUGCUGCACCUUUCAAAGUCUCCAGCAACUUAACUGGUGCCAACUACAUAUUCAAUGCCCUGGCAGGCCUCCUCCAGCAACUCCCGAAUAACUUGCACCCACACGGGCAUACGAUAGUUCCCGCCACAAUCGAUGCAUUCACGCUCCUCUAUCAUGCUCGACCCGUUAAGUCUGAUCCCCCGAGCCCGGAGUGGCUCGCGUUCGAUCCUGAAAUGUCGUAUUCGAUUAUGUCCGGCAUACCAUGGGGCGACGGGACGCAUCUCUCCACUUACGCGGCCAAGCGGGAUCUAAAGGUCUUAUACUUUGACGGCGAAAGUGCUGUACUAAACGGCGAUGGAGCUCUCGACACCCAGGAAGUGGUGAUCGAACGCAGAGGCCAGGUCCCUCCUCCCGGACGCGGAUGGUGGGACGAAUACUUUCGCGCCGAACGGCUCUGCAAAUGGGUAAAGGACUCUGGGCUCGACGUCGACGGGUUUAUCCGCAUGAAUGCGGGCUUCGAAGUGAUGUGGUGCGACUUUUCCGUCGGUCUUGAACUCAUCUCUCACCUCAACAUCACUGCGCCCGAGACUCCGCCUCUAAAAGACGCGCCCUUCCCCUUCCCGCCUCCUCGGCAUCCGACAGAUGACAUGCAGCUCAAUGAACUCGAACUUACCACUAGCGUGAUGGUGAAGAACGAGGUAGUGGCUAUGGACGAGCUGCCGACUCGACCCCCUCGUCGUGGACCUGGCUCCGGCCGUCGCCCUCCUUGGGAUAGAUGGGAGCGUAGUCCUUACGUCGCAUCCUCGGGGUUCGAGUGGCUGCGAAUUGCUACUCGACGAUAUCAGCGACCCCAGCCUCACGUUCGUCUCAUUACAUCUGGACUGGUCACCUUCUAUGACCCCCAGUUCACCAGCUUAAUUCCAACACGGACAGGGUCGUCCAUGGUCCAGCACCGUGUCUGGGCCAACGUUUCAGAGGAAGACGUCAAUAAAGCUGUGGACCAACUCGAGGAAGUCUUACGGAGGGACGACCUGUGGACCCGCCGUGGGAUCGAUUGGAACCUCAAAGCAUGGGAUGUGAUGGAAAACUGGGGUGACCGUCUUGCGCAGAUGCGUGAGGUUUUGCGAGACGAUGAAAACAGGAAUGAUUCCGCCAAAGUCGAGGAAGUUCGUCUACUGGCGUACACACUUCUGGAUCCGUACUUAGACACAGGAAAUAUGCCCCGUUAUUUCAACGAGUCCGACCCAGAUUGCUGGCUCCCGCCCACUAUGUCGCGUUGUACCAGUGGCCAGACAAUCACCAUUCCUCUGCAUCUCCUAACGUCUCAAGAGCGACUUCUUAAGGCAAGCAUCGAAACAGUACUGCACAACUUAUGUCAAAUGGCAGGCCAGAUUCUCGUCUCGUCUAUGCAAGCGGGAAGUAUAGAGAAGAACAAAGAACUUGCCGCUGCUUGGGGUCAAGAGGUCAGCGAACUCAUGGACUGGCUGGACUGGCCCAUGUGGGUACGAUGCGACGAAGUCUGCGGAUGGGAUAGUGUCUGUUCAGUGCCUACAUGGCCUAUCUGGGGACGACCGCGCGGAGGACCCGACAGCGAUAUAUUCAAGCCGAAGUGUAUUCAAUUCGAGGAUUGGAUCCAUCACCCGCGGGGAUGGUUCUGAUCGAAGUGCACCCUUCACUGCAACUCCUUUGCCACAUUCCGUAUGCUAUCCUCAUCUUUGUCGUAUCGAACGCUCUGAAACACGCAAGAAUAGAAUUACAAUGAGAUACAAGGAGAUUAGCUAACCAAUCAGCGUAAUAUAAUUAUUACUAGGUAUCAGGGGAACGUAUAAUAAAAGGUGAAUAAAGAUGAUACUCCAG